ACGAAAGAGCAGGAUUGAUUCAUGAAUGGAUUAGCAAAAUUAAUUUUAAGGAUGUGAUCAAAACAAGUGCAUAUAUGUACAAAACAGGAUCCAUCAUUCUUCUCAUUUUGGUGGUCACAUGCAGCGGCUUGCCAUGGGUGAUACAAUUUUCAAAGAUGACAUUGUGCAAAGGACAGGACGCAAGGUUUAACUGGCAUCACAAGCUUCCACCGGCUUCAGAAGUUAAAAACAUGUACUGGAGUAAAGACGAACAUGACAUUGCUAUCUGGGAUGGUCAUGCGUCCACUACGCUGCUUGGGUACCAAGGACGGGCUCUGCCUUUCAUGAACGGCACUCUUAUUCUAAUGUUCUGUCAGCCGAAUGACACGGGCAGUUAUUCAGUGUACAUGACUGUUUUUCAUGAAGUGUCCGGCAAAUCUAAAGUUUUUCGAGCCACUUGUGUGUUAACAGUACAUGAUUGGGUUGCACCAUCCCUUGGAAACGCGCCAGUUGAAAACCACACGACUGACAAGGAGUGUAAAGAGAUUCGAUGUUUUGAAGGUCUGGUUGAUCUGGGAACACCCCCCGUUCAUUUCCAGUGGAAGCAUGGUGAGAUGACUAUCAAUGGAAGCAGACGAGGUAACUAUGGUUACCUGUCUCUGUGCCUGGUCCGGAAACCAGGAAGGUAUUACUGCCAACUGAACGGCGAUGCCCUAAUCUGCCUACCUACGAGUCAUCCUUUAAGAGAGAGAAUUUUAUACACGAUUCCAUAUCACCAUCAAGCAAGUGAUGAAGUUAGCAAUCCGUUAGAAAUGGUAUUGAUCAUGUUUGGAGGGCUUGUUGCCGCCCUGCUUUGUGUAAUCGUUUGUGGGGUGUGGAUGACUUGGAGGAAACAGCACAGAAAGGUUCAAUUGGAAUAUUACAAAGAAACAUACAAGGAGACAAGCCGUAGUAGUUUACUGUCAGAUGUAGAAAUCUCUCCAGCUGACGUGGAAAUGAAGACUUCGGGGCAAACAUUUUCUGAAAAGAGCCAUGGAUCCCGUCGUAAGAGUGUCUCAAACAAGAUGGGUGUGGAGAAUUCUCCACAAGAAUCUCCUAAAAAAAGAUUUAGAUCCAUCCCUAACAGUGCCUCACAUCAGAUGGAUGAAGAAAAUAUUCCACAAACAUCUCAGUUGAAUGUGAAAAAUAAUCUUCGGUCUGAACAAAAUCCUUCUAAAAUGAGCCACAAGGAUAAACACAACAUUGACUCAAAGCCACAAUCUCGUAGAAGAAAGUCAAAAGAUGAACACGACAUUGACUCAAGUCAGUUGCCUGUGGACAACAGUCUAGGGUCUGAACAAAGCACUUCUGUCCAAAAACCUCGCAGAAGAAAGUCAAAAGAUGAACACGACAUUGACUCAAGUCAGUUGCCUGUGGAAAGCACCCUAGGGGUUGAACAAAGCCCUUCUGUCCAAAAACCUCACAGAAGAAAGUCAAAAGAUGAACACGACAUUGACUCAAGUCAGUUGCCUGUGGACAACACCCUAGGGGUUGAACAAAGCCCUUCUGUCCAAAAACCUCGUAGAAGAAAGUCAAAAGAUGAACACGACAUUGACUCAAGUCAGUUGCCUGUGGAAAGCACCCUAGGGGUUGAACAAAGCCCUUCUGUCCAAAAACCUCGCAGAAGAAAGUCAAAAGAUGAACACGACAUUGACUCAAGUCAGUUGCCUGUGGAAAACACCCUAGGGGUUGAACAAAGCCCUUCUGUCCAAACACCUCGCAGAAGAAAGUCAAAAGACGAACACAACAUUGACUCAAGUCAGUUGCCUGUGGAAAACACCCUAAGGUCUGAACAAAGCCCUUCUGUCCAAAAACCUCGCAGAAGAAAGUCAAAAGAUGAACAGAACGUUGACUCAAGUCAGUUGCCAGUGGAAAACACCCUUGGGGUUGAACAAAGCCCUUCUGUUCAAAAACCUCGCAGAAGAAAGUCAAAAGAUGAACAGAACGUUGACUCAAGUCAGUUGCCAGUGGAAAACACCCUUGGGGUUGAACAAAGCCCUUCUGUUCAAAAACCUCGCAGAAGAAAGUCAAAAGAUGAACACAAUGUUGACUCAAGUCAGUUGCCUGUGGACAACACCCUAGGGGUUGAACAAAGCCCUUCUGUCCAAAAACCUCGCAGAAGAAAGUCAAAAGAUGAACAGAACGUUGACUCAAGUCAGUUGCCUGUGGAAAACACCCUAGGGUCUGAACAAAGCCCUUCUGUCCCAAAAUCUCGCAGAAAAAAGUCAAAAGAUGAACACAACGUUGACUCAAGUCAGUUGCCUGUGGAAGAGACCCUAGAGUCUGAACAAAGCCCUUCUGUCCAAAAAUCUUCUAAAAGAAGACACAAGGAUGAACACAACAUUGACUCAAAUCCACAAUCUUCUACAAGAAAGGCAAGCGAUGACUCAUAUCCACAAUCUUCUACAAGAAAGGCAAGCGAUGACUCAAAUCCACAAUAUUCUAGAAGAAAGGCAAGCGACGAACCUAACAGUGACUCAAAACAGUUGACUGGAAAAGACCCUAGCAUCUGAAGAAAACCCUUUUGACCAAACUUCUUCUGAAAGGAGUCACAGGGAUGAACAUAACAUUGACUCAGGUUGCCUGUGGAAAAUGCUCUCAGCUCUGAAGAGGAGAAGGAAAUGAAUCCGUCCAAGCAUAAUCCUACUAGCAAGAGCUAAAGUGUACACUAUUCAAUUUCAUUAGGGUGUCGGCAUGGAAACCAUUACUUGUGAAGAAGAAUUUCCCCAGAGAGAUGAGAAAUGAGAUGGUAAAUAAAAGACAGAUGAUU